AUGGUGAAGGGCAAACAAGAUCGAAAGGCUCGAAAUGCCAUCAACGAAGUGGUGACUCGUGAGUACACGAUUCACAUGCAUAAGAGGAUCAAGGGCGUUGGUUCGAAGAAGCGUGCUCCUCGCGCAAUCGAUGAGAUCCGAAAGUUUGCUAAACAGCAAAUGAAUACUGAAGAUGUCCGCAUCGAUACCAGGCUGAACAAGUUCAUUUGGUCCAAGGGAAUCAAGAAUGUACCAUUCCGUGUGCGUGUUCGAUUGUCACGGCGUCGUAAUGAAGAUGAGGAUUCAAUACACAAACUCUACACUUUAUGCACAUUUGUUCCGUGCACCAAUUUCAAAGGCCUAACAAACGUGAACGUUGACAGUGAAGAAUAG